AUGUGUGAGCGAGUGGGCAAUAGAGCUUUGUCAAUUAUCUUUCCAGUUGUCGUUCAAACUAAUCUUCAGAAACUACGUUUAAAUGAUCUAGAUUAUACACGUAAUCAAAUAGCAUGGCCUAUUCAAAGUGCAUUAGAGCAACUGACGAUCAGAGAUUGUUCUUAUGACCAAUAUCGUAUUAUUCUCUGUAACUCACUCCGUUUAAGAACACUUGUUAUUAGAAAUUGUAUUAUGCACAAUACAGAUCAAACGUUUUGGCCAUAUGCACUUACAACAUCCAAUUCUACAAAAACACAGUGUACACUCAGUGAUUCCACAGGUACAGGAUUAAAUAUGCAUCGUUAA